AGUGGAGUAAAAAAAAAGUGCAAUAUUUGCCUCAGAAGUAUAAAGUAGGGGACACAUUAAAGUCAUGAAUGAUGAAAUUGUACUUAUUGUACCACACCAUUACUGGCUUUUACUUAAAAAAAACAAAACAACUUCAUAGUUAUAUGUGAUAUAAGACAGCGACAGUACUUUUCCGAUCUCUCUUUAUUAGCCUGCAUGUUUUCCCACAAGUUUCUGGUGACCCCGUGACCUCUCAGACAUGCUUUCUGUCCAUAAACUACGAGUAAUAACAGGAACUCGCUUGUUUUGGUACAUUGUAGCGAAGACUGUCUGGACGUCUGCUGUCUGUGUUUGCUGCGCGCUGAUUGGCCACACUGGAGAUAGAGGGGGCGUGGCUUUGCCAUAACAAUGCAUUUCAAGGAACAUACACGCGCCAAGGAAUGUUUUCUGUCCGUUCGGUGGCUAACGUUAACCCGUUUCUCGCACGUUUAACGGUUAUUUCCCGGUCUCAGGUAGACGUUACCGUCAACGGACGAGCCGUUAAACGUUUGUUUCCUAGAGAUAACGGACACCCCCCACCCCCUCCACUCUAUGCAGCCGUUGGAAGUGUGUGGUUAGCUUCUGGCUAUCGUUAGCAAGCUACUAGCAUCUCCGUCCGACAUUGUCAAAAAAAAAAAAAAAUCAGUUGGGAGGAAACAACACGUCGAUUGAUAAGACAGUCAGCUGACGGUGUAUUUUUUGUUUUUGUUUUUUAAAUCUGGUGAUGGUCGACGGUUAUAUGCAAGAAACAUUUUGAUGGGACGCGAUAAUCUCGGAGGCUCAAACACCUGCCAUCACCGAGCAAGCAAACUAGCUCAGAAAGGUUAAGACAAUCAGAGGCAACAUAAAGUGCCUCCACUGUACGGUUUCCUUUCCCAGAGUGUGACUCGUCUGCACGACGUCACCAAUGCGACCAUGGGAAAUAGCAGUAAAUAGGCUGCCACCAACAGCCCCCUUAAACCCGAGGAGGUUCCUUGGAGAGCCCUGCAACGCCCCAGCGCAUCUCAGGAGAAGUCCACCUGUGAGACGCCAGUGGGGGAGACGAGACAGACCUGUACUGCACAGUUCCCUGGUCCAGGAUGAGAACUUCCAUCAUUUGCUUUUCUCCCAACAUCACCAACAGGUUCCUUUAGAUGAGUCCAGACAAUACAGCCACACCAGCACACCACCACGCAUGCUUCACCCUGCUGCUCACCUGCCCCAGCAGAGCCCCAUCAUGGUGGAUCUACAUGACCAGAUGCACCAGGGAUCAGUUCCAAUAUCAUACACUGUUACAACGGUGACGACCCAUGGAUUUCCCAUCCACACCGGGCAGCCCCUUCCAGGCUGCAACACUCAGCAGCUCCCAGCAUGCUCGGUAAUGUUCAGCGGACAGCUCUCUCUGCUCUGCUGCCUUCCUCCUCCUCUCAUACAGGCAUGUACGAUGCAGCAUAUGCCAGUGUCUUAUCAAGCCUUUCCAUCUCUGAUCUCCAGCGAACAUUUUGUAUUGCACCCUACCCCAUCUGUACCCCCCCACCAGCCGCCGCACCUUACUCCUUUGAGCCAGUUUGUCCCUUUACAACCUCAGCACCCACGCAUGCCUCUACAGAGGGUAGAAAAUGAAGUUGACCUAAGAGGGGACCAGCACCCAAUGGGCACUUUCUCCUACCCUCCCUCUCAUCACCCACCAGCGCUGCCUCCUUCUCUGCCCUUACAGUAUCUUCCUCAAGAGCCUCUGCAUCAGGAGCUUCCCUUUGGAGUGCCAUAUCCCCACAUGCUGCCCCGGCGAGUGAAUGGGCAGAGAUAUCGGUUGCAGCAACCUCUCCCCCCACCUCCUCCACCUCCAUCUUACUACCCAGGCUUCCUCCCUUACUUUCUGUCAAUGCUUCCUGUGCCUCCAACAGCAGUGGGCCCAGCCAUCAGUCUAGACCUGGAUGUGGAUGAUGUGGAGAUGGAAAACUAUGAGGCAUUAUUGAAUCUGGCAGAGAGGUUGGGUGAAGCGAAACCACGUGGACUCACUAAAGCCGAUAUAGAGCAACUUCCAUCCUACAGAUUCAACUCAGAGAAUCAUCUAUCUGAACAAACGCUGUGUGUUGUGUGCUUUAGUGACUUUGAGUGUAGGCAGCUACUUCGGGUAUUACCUUGUAACCAUGAAUUCCACGCAAAGUGUGUGGAUAAAUGGUUAAAGACCAAUCGCACUUGUCCUAUCUGCCGAGCCGAUGCCUCGGAUGUACACCGAGAGGUGGAGUGAGAACUGUCUAUCUCUGAGUGCUGAACUGGAAAGCUGCGCACACCAGAGUCGGUCCCAAAACUGGGGACACCUGCCACCCAACUUGCGUCCUCCAGUAAAUAUAGCUUACCCACCCACUACUCCUGCCCCUUCUAAAUAAUAAGCAAUCCAGGAUUGUGUCUGGAGCCUGUUGUACCUCUGCUGUGCUUCAUUGUCCAAGUCUCAUGAAACCCACUGCCUAUCGCAGCCUAUAGCCAGAGUUCUGGGAUUGCCAGCCAGAUCUUUCUCUGCCCCCUCGUUGCAGAUUCCAAAGAUUUUCCCUACAAUGCAUUAUUUGCUGCUUUUGUUUACAGGGUUUCAUUUUUCUUUAGUGGAUUUGGUUGUGGUUUUCAUGAAUAGUGGGAGCCCUGCAUUGGAAGAGGUGAGUCAGAAGUCUGGAGGAUGAUGGGCUUGGACACCUUGUGCAAUUAGCAGAAAAAUAAUAGGAAUACUUCAACAUGGGUAUCUGUGCUUGGAGGCGACGCCUGACCAUCAUAGAUGCAUGUUUGUGUAGGUGUUGGGCAAAGUAACUUGUUAAUAAUGUAUGUUCUGCAAUAAUGUAUUGAUCAUUUCAACAAUUUUACCCCUUAUUUGUCUUAGAUUUGCCAAUGCUAUUGUGAAAGUGUGACUUGCUGUGGUUAAAUGCAGAUUCUGUUAAGCCUGAGGUUAUGGACUGCAAGUGACGGGACAUGCAACAGUGGGGUACCUUCUACCCCAGAUUAUCCACUCUGGAACACAGAUCUGUACAAAAGCAGUCGUGGAUUAACGGACUGCGUCUUUUUCGAGGUCAUCUGGCAUAACUGCACAAGUGCUACAUCCACCCUCCAUGUCAGCAUUGUUCCUCUGGCAAGUUUGUACGAGUGCGUGCGUGUGUGUGCGUGUAUGUUUGUAUGUUUGUCCUGUUCACAGAGCCAAUGCAUUGUGUAACCACUGGAUACAGGGCAGCAUGCUAGGAUUUGCAUGAACUGUUGAUUCAGACUAGCAAUAUUUUAAUCAAGCAUUGCCACCAAAAUUAUCAAAUUUUAAGAAAAAGAAGAGACAAAGAAGCAUACUAAAAGAACUGCUUGCUUAUUCAGAAAGCGCCAUGAGGGAAGACUAGCAUGUGGUUCCACCCCGACUGCGUUUUUAAGGAUCGGCGUCCUCGUCCGAAAGCUAUGCUGAUGCCAUAGAGCUCUGGAGGCCUGUGCAGAAAGCAAUAUGUGCAGUGAGUGGCGAGUUUUAAAUGAACUUUCUUCCCCUUUCAGGAAGACUGGGCUUUUUAUUUCUUUGUUUGUGAGCCAAAUCCGAUAUACAGAUAUAGCCUAUACUGUUCAAGAUUUCAGAUCUGCCUUCUUAUGACCUUGACAAGCACAAACCUAUUACUAAUCCUGAAAAUACUUUGUCAUUUCCACUUGUUUUAAAAGUAUGCUUUUUUUUUUUUCUUAAUUUUUAGAAAAGGUUUAUUUAUUGGUUUUAUCUUCUAGAGAAAAUACAUUGAAGGAAACAGUUGGAGCACUAACUAAUGUUUGUGUAUGGUAUGUGUUAUAUUCUGGUAUCUUGGUCAGGUCAUUGUCUUAGGCCAUGGUAAUGGUGUUGUAAAAGAGCAACUGUAUGUAUAGCUUCAGUGUGAAUGCUUUUAGAUAAACAUUUGAAGACAGAAGAAUGUUGAAAAAAGAAAAAAAAAGUCACUGGUGACACUCCACAAUACGCCAGCUUCCUGUAUCCCACAGUGAUCAGGACGGGGUUCAAAUGAGACGCAGAGCUGGAGUGUUCAGUAGUGUAGAAACACUGUUAGACUUCUAGUUCACUGCUUGUGUUCACACUAAAAAAAAAUACAAUACAUUUGGGGUGGGAGGGAAAAGAGCAACAAAUGGACUUUUUUUGCUUUGGAUUUACUCUUGUCUCUUAACUGCCCCAGUAAGCACUAACAGGCAGUUGUAACCUUUGCUUUUGUGUGUAAAGGGAUCUUGCCUUUUUCUUUACUUUUGUUUCUUAAGUGAAUGUGAGUCUUUGAUGUGUGUGCCACCUUCAAGAGAAAAAAAGAAGCCAUUUAAUGAGUUAAAUCCACAGCUUUGAGAAUUAACCUAUGUGUACAUAUCUAUUCGCUGGCAUAUAUUGUAAGUUAAAAAAAAAAAAAUCACUCAGGGCCUCUCGGUAUAUAAAAAUAAAGGAGAACAGUCCAUUUUAAAUGGAAAGGAUGCCAUGGAAAGGGUAUAUCUGAAUUUAGUUUGGUCGUUUUCCUCAGACCAUAAAUAAUUUAAUGUAAUCAAUUAUAAUAUUCUGUUUUGUCGGAAAUAGUAGAUAUUACAUCAUUUAAAGACAGGCAUGCGAGAAAAAAGAUCAGUAAAUAUGUUAUUAGUAUUCACUGAAAAGAGGCAAUGUACACUGCAACUCAUUACAAGUGUAUUAUUCAAACCUGUUUGACUUUUGUUCUUUUACUCGAACCAUAUGUUCAACAUAGCGGUUGUGAUCCCGUUUCUAAAUGUGCCACGGUGCACACUAUUCUACCUAAUUCACUCCCAAAUCUACUUCAGAGGUGUUUGCAUGACUUUAAGAAAAAAAAGAAAAAAAAAGAAGUUUUAAAAAAAAAAAGUAAAACAAAGUGUGUUAUAGUGGAGGAUAUCUCAAAAAUCUGGUGGGGGACCUAUUUAAUGGUGCACAAUAUGCAUGCUUGUCAACCAGAUCCCAACUGAUUUUUAGCUCUAGUUGGCUUUGGGGUUCUGGGGGUUUGGAUCUUAACGCUCAGCUGAUAACUGCCAUGCAUUGUACUGCACACAUUUGUAAUAGAACUGAAUGACUACAAGAUUUUAUUGCGCUAACUUCAUUUUAUAGGAAAAAAAAGAGAAAAAAAAAACUGGUCUUGAAUCCAGAAAUUCUUACAUACAUUGUGUUACUGUUAUUGCCCUAACGACUGAAAAAUUACAUGCUCUGAAACUACUGUAGUUUAUCAAAAGCCAUAGUGAAAAGGUGCUAGAUGUUCUGCUUUUAGGUAUGAAAACUCACUUGCGUGAAUGCAAUAGUUUGUCAUGGAUCCCAUGUAUUCUUAAAGCAUGUUAUACUAAUACCCCUAAACAAUGUCAGUGAAAAUCAAUAUAGUUUAAGGGAUUUUAAAAAAAAAAAA